AUGUCAUGCGAAAUCUGUGAGCAGAAGACUGCUCUGGUUUAUUGCGUCAACGACCGCGCGCACUUUUGCCGCGGAUGCGACGUCGAGCAUCACAGCCAGGACGCCUUACUCCAGAAACACCGUCGAUUGGGAAUCGAGCACUCUCCCUACCAGUUUGGUAUGUGCGACAUCCAUCCAAGUGAGAGGUACGAAGCCGUGUGCCUCGAUUGUUCUACGCUCCUGUGUUCGCACUGCAUUCUCAUCGGCUCGCACGCGGGACCCGACUUUGCGGACCACAACCUCGUCAGCACGCUGGACGCGUUCAAACAGGCCAUGGCAGCAAUAGGAAACAAGACCAAUCUGGCAUUGUCUACGAAGUCGAGGUCAUCUUCGGGAGAAGGAAGACAUGAUAUGCUGAACCCCGACCCGGAGGCAGCGUCGACUCGAGAGGCACUGGAGAAGCGGAUGGAGACGCGACAGGAACAGUUGCAAGAGGUGCACAAGUCUUUUGAGGGGAUGCGGAAGCGCGUCGAGAGCGUCUUGAAACGCUGUCUGCACACCGUUACCGAAGUGCAGGACCGCAAAUUGCAGUAUUUGCACGCACGCAGGCGUGAAAUGCUAGCGCAAUUGCUGCUCCUCGAGUGGCUUGAUGCGUUCUACGAGCACGCACGCAUCACGCUGUCCCCAGUAGACUUCCUGCGGUCAGCGCGCCGUCACGAGCUGCUCGUGAAGGACUUUCUCACACUUUCAUCCACUCAGAAUCAGGGGACGGGUCUUCAAACGAACUUCGCCGGAUCACGUGGAAGUACUGGAGGAAGUAGUGCGAAGGACGUCGUCGCAGAUUUGCCAGCUUUCAUCUCUGAGAACAUCGUGAUUGAGGGGAGUUUAGAUGUAGUCAUGGCAUCGGGGCCGAGCAGAAUACCCUCUACAACGGCCGCAUCCACUCCUGCGCCUAGCGCGAAUCCUCAGGUGCCAACAGCACCAACAGUGACGGAGGAGCAGGGUCAUCGGAAUGUGGAAACGCAAAACGCGCAACAGUAUCAAUAUGAAAAAUCGGGCUCAGUCCAGCAGCAAGAGCAUCGAUUGGAUGCUGAUCUCGCCCUUUUUGGGCCUGUAGUUCACGCAACGCCCCGAGGCAGGUCGGGUGCGUUAAACGAGCCACAGUUCUUUUCUCCCGGGCCAGCAUCGGAGCUUCGCGCGCCACUAUCUGCGUCAGCUGCUCUUUUUGUUCCACCAAGCACAAGUGUGGGUAGUUCUGCUACAAAUGCAACCACGAACACCCGACGGCUCCAACAACCCGAAGGCGAAGGAGAAGCAAGUGCAUCAUCCUCCACGCAAGGAACCAUACAGAUACGACAGUAUGAUCCGCAAUUUUCACAAGGUGCCGCAGCACCUGCACUUGAAGGUACAAGUAAAAAGGAAGGAGGAGACGUAAGGGCAUCUUCCGAUAUAACGAAUGCAGUUGGAACGGGAGCCGCUGCGGCGGUCGACGCGCGCAUCAUGGUAUCCGUAUUGCAGAGCGGGUCGACAGAAUGGGGUGAUACGCUGCAACUGCUCCGCGAGCUUCCGACACGAGAGCGGGGCGCCGUCGACCACGUGCUGAUUGAGCUUCUGAAUGCGAGACGCGAUGGUUCUCUGCUGGAGCUGCUGCGAGCUGCGUUAGCCGAGGACAUGGACCUUGCCGUCAGGAGUGACAGUCAAGGCAGGACACUUCCCAUCCCGGUCGCAUCGUCGGUCACUUUUCUUUUCAGCACACGCAGUGUGGUUUCCGCACUUGCAGCGGCCCUAGUGAAAACCGCGGCAGUCGAACUUUUACCCCUGGAACCGGAGCUGCGACUCCUGUUGAGGCAAACCGAAAAGGAGCGCGGACCACAGCAAUUGUACCAUGAGAAUCCUGGAGCCCUUUUUUCCGCGAUAACCGAUUACAUCCAGAAACUCCAUGUGAGUGCACGCUCCAGCGAGUUCCCGCCUCUCUUGCUCGUCCUCCUGCACAGACUUUUUGAGGUACAGAAGACUACAAGCACAUUAUGUUGAUCAUGAAAAAUUCUAGUAGCUUUAUUUGGGGUUGCUCUUCUGGUUCUGAGCCAUAUGCGUGUCGGCAGUCCUCCCCCAGAUAACUUCUUCUAAAACGUGAGCCGAGCACUUACUUUCCUUAAUAUCGGUUUUUCAACGACCUAUGUAUUCAUUGCAUAAGCAUACCCUCUGGAUGCAUCUCGCGUCCUGAAUAUGACUUCCGUAUAUGUAAUGAAUUAUAGGCGGCCGACGCGCAUUUUGGCCAGCUAGUGGAUCCGCUUGCAGUCGUCGGUGCGUUCGUUAUCUCGCGUAUUCUCUCGCCGUUGCUAUUGCGUCUUGCGCAGAAGAAGCAGGAAGCCAAUCCUCUAGACGUUGAGCCUUUGUCCUACAACGUUUCUGAAGUUAGUCGUUGGUUCCAAAAGAUCGCUCGUUUCAGUCUGGCUGGUGACGAGAGCCAGGCUGUUGAUUCAGGACAGCAAGCGUCAAGAAGCGGCGGCAUUUUCAACUCUUCGUCUUCUGGUGGCACGACCGCAGAGUCGCAGUUUCUUCGAGUGAACGCGAGACAGAUGCUCAAGGUCGCGGAGGUCAUGCUGCGAGCGAGUAGACGCGUUGUUGGUGCCAGAGGCGAAAUCAGCUUCGAUCCUGCACUGUACGUCCUCAGUGGCAACCCUGUUGGAUCGAUUUCGCUUGAGGAAACACUUCUGCUGCAUUUAAGACGAAGCCGUGCGCUCUGUCCAGCCGCGUCCAAGAUGUUGCAGAGAAUCGAUGAGCUCACCUCUUCAGCUACUGCUCAAAAGAGCCGAGGAGCGAGUACACGAAAAUAGCACGAGGCCGUAUCCCUCAGGUGGAGAAGAACAGCUUGAAGGCCGUACUGUGGUGUUUCAACAAUAACACAUGCGUAGGUGGAGACUACAUGAAACAGAAAUGGUGCGGCAUCAUAAUUGCGAACAAAGAACUGGCCACAAUUAUCGAAAAAACUAGUCGAUAUUACACAUACAGGAAUAGUCUCUAUGUCUUUGCCGCAUGUCAAACAUACAAUGUAUAGUGUACUGCUUUAUGAACAGAAAAAAGUUAUGAUCUGAUCCGUGUUCUUCUUGCAGCGCUUGAUCCUACUUCAGAUUCAGUCUAUUUUCAGUUCGUUACGGGGGUUACCAUUUCGCAGAAACAUUUAACAAUUUCAUCCUAUCUAAGACUAAGUAGUAUAGCGGACCUACUGGUGCUGGUGAAAACUACACACUGCCUUUUAUCAUUCCAAGAAAUCCAAUUACAUCAACAUCGGCAAUAAAAAGUGCAGAUGUGCUUAAAAAUCUAGCGAUCAAGUUUUGGUUUUCUCUCUUUUUCAGACUCAGAAAAAACUAGUAGGGGUUCAGCGCAGGUGGGGUAUUCGUAUAAUUUCAUCCGAGUCGUUUAUGCUUAAGUACAUCUACAUCUAGAAUCUAGUGACUUAGACAUUGAAAGAUGUCAUGUGCUAUAACAGCUACAGACGUUGCAUUUUCGGAACCGAUAUGUCUUGAGCCUCAGUACAAACGGUGCGUUUAUCGUCAGUUAGUACUGUUACAUCAUAGUGAAAGGCUGUGACUGCUGUAGCAAUGAGUCAUAGAAUAAUCGCCGUGCGCUUGUUGCGCACAGGGCUUAGAUAGUGUUCAUCUG